AUGUCUUGCUACAGCCUCCCAAAGUACAAGACGGGGGACCUGGUGUUUGCCAAGUUAAAGGGCUAUGCCCACUGGCCAGCCAGGAUCGAGCAUGUCGCUGAACCCAACCGCUACCAGGUCUUCUUCUUCGGGACCCACGAGACGGCCUUGCUCGGUCCCAAGCACCUCUUCCCUUACGAGGAGUCCAAGGAGAAGUUCGGCAAGCCCAACAAGAGGCGAGGCUUCAGCGAGGGGCUGUGGGAGAUCGAGCAUGACCCAAUGGUCGAGGCCUCCCCUUGCCUGUACUCAGAGGAGGAGCAGCCCUGUGACCAGGGUCCUGGGCAAGGGGAGGAGCCGGAGCCCGGGGAGGAGCCGGAGCUGGGGCAGGAGCUGGAGGAAUCCCUACCUGAGCUGGAGGAAUCCCUACCUGAGCUGGAGCCCGAGUCCCGACCCGAGCUGGAGCCACAGGCGGGGCCUGAGAUCGAGUGUGAGCAGGAGCCCGAGCCACAGCCUGCUUAUGACCUGCUGGACGUCGUGGACGACGAAGAGCCGGGCCUUGCCGAGGCCGAGCCAGGAGAUUGGCUGGCCGAGCAGGUGGGAGAGCAGCAUGCUGAGGUCGAGGCCGAGGCUGAGGCCACGGAGCCAGGGCGUCUGAAGAGGAGCGCGGGAGACCAGCUUCAAGAUGCCCCCAAACGGCCAAGGGAGGCGGCGCCCGGCCCGCUGGAGAUGGAGCCGGCUGGAGAGCGCGAGGAGGCUGAGGCCUGCCCCAUCGUGGAGGAGCCUGAGGAAGCCCAGGGGCAGCAGCCUCCGUUGGAGGAAGAGGCCACAGAGGAGGCGGUCCAGGCCCUGCUUGAUGGAGAAAUGGAAGGCCUGUAG